AUGCUAGAGCCAGCAAUCCCUCUCAUAAGCGGUGCUUUUGCAGGACUCGCCGUUGACCUCUCCCUCUUCCCUCUCGACACCCUCAAAACCCGCCUCCAAGCAAAAGGCGGCUUCUUUGCCAAUGGAGGUUGGCGAGGGGUCUACAAGGGCAUGGGUUCCAUUGCUGCUGGUUCUGCACCCUCUGCUGCUUUAUUCUUCCUGACCUAUGAAGCCUGUAAAAAGCAUGUCCCAUUGCAAAAUGAUGUUGCGUUGGCGGUCGUUGCUGGUAGCGCCGGCGAGACGCUAGCCUGUCUCGUCAGGACGCCCACAGAGGUCGUCAAGCAACGCACACAAACAUCAAAAACACCCAUGUCUUCUCUUCAAACCCUUCGUGCCGUGCUUCAAGCAAAUGGAGUCGCUGGGCUGUAUCGUGGGUUCGGUGGCACAUUGGCAAGGGAAAUUCCAUUUGUAUGUAUACAGUUCCCGCUAUGGGAAGCAUUGAAGCGAUGGGCCGUCUCAGAACGGGGUGGCUCUCAACCGCAUCCGACGCUUGCUGAGCGGCCACAAGCCAAUGCUGCUGAAGCGGCAAUUUGUGGUGCCAUGGCAGGUGGUGUUGCUGCUGCAUUGACAACCCCCAUGGAUGUUGUCAAGACACGACUCAUGCUCUCUGAUUCCGCAGAUGGUUGGUUUAGAACAUUGCAAACAGUUGUCAAGGAAGAGGGACUUUUGGCAUUGAGCAAAGGUAUCGUGCCACGCAUCGGCUGGAUCAGCACGGGUGGAUUCAUCUUUUUGGGUGGGUAUAGCGCCGCAAAGGAUACACUUGAAGCACUUGCCGGUGUUGUAAAGAAAUGA